UCCAAUUUGAUGCCUCCUCCACAGACACACACUGCCAACACAUUUUUCUGGUAAUUAUAGCGCCAAAAAUACCAACUGAAGUAACAGAUCCAUCCCACAAUCAAGAAAUCGAGAACAAAAACAUCAUCUUCUUCAUUAGGCUUCUAGAUGGCUUCAGCCACAACGAAACCUUCCUUCACAUUUAAUCUUCCAACCACUUCUUCUCUAACUCAACCAUCCAACAAUCAUAAACCCAAUCCCCAGCUCAAAAUCCCACCUCUCUUCUUCAAAUCCCAUUCCAUUUCAUCCCUUCACAGCUCUAGAAAAUCCCAUUUCAACACCCCUGCUGUUAAGUCCAUUGAUGUUUCCAAAGAAGAUAAGCCCACAAGCUCAUUAGCGGAAGAAACAGCCAAGAAUUUAUCAGAAACAAUCACUGAACCUUCCCAAGAAGAGGCCCCAAAUUUUGAUCAGAGAAGACUUGAGGAGAAAUUUGCUGUAUUGAACACUGGAAUUCAUGAGUGCAGGUCUUGUGGAUAUAGAUAUGAUGAAACUGUUGGGGACCCUUCAUAUCCCAUUCCACCAGGGUUGCCAUUUGACCAGCUGCCUGAUGAUUGGAGGUGCCCAACUUGUGGGGCUUCCAAGGGUUUCUUUGAGAGUAAAAGUGUGGAAGUUGCUGGUUUUGCUCAGAAUCAGCAGUUUGGAUUUGGUGGUAAUUCACUAACCUCUGGCCAGAAGGCUCUGCUCAUAUAUGGUGGUCUAGCUUUAGGCUUUUUGUUCUUCUUGUCUGGUUAUCUUCUUCAAUAGUGGAGGAUUAAUCUGGGCCGAAUAAUGAUUUGUAGAGUUUUAUCAUUUUGUUAUUGUUGUUCUUAGCACUUUUUAAGUACAGGCAAAAUGUACUCGAGCAUCUGUUACUGAUGUGUAGAUAAAGAAAAUUUAAGAAUUCAAUGUUUUGGCA